AUGGAAGACACAGAAGAGGAGGAAAAUUUGAAUCUUAGCCUAGCAAUUGUUACAGACUCCAAAGGUGAUGACAUGAAAAGGAAGAGAAAGAGAUCAAGGGCAGAUGUUUUGAAACCUUUGAUGAAUACCUAUGAGGGUUGCAGUGAGGGGAAGAUAUUUAGGCUACUCCAAAUGAGGGAACAAAUGAUAAAACUAGACCAUAAGAGGAAAGGCGUUGUUGAAGAAAAUGGCAAAGGGCUUCAUUUGAUUCACUUGCUUCUCAUAACUGCCACAGCAGUUGACGAGAACAAUGUAGGCUCAGCCUUGGAGAAUCUAACAGAACUGUAUCAAAGUGUCUCCUUAACCGGUGAUUCGGUGCAAAGGGUUGUUGCUUAUUUUGCUGAUGGAUUGGCUGCAAGGCUCCUCACCAGGGAAUCUCCCUUCUAUGACAUGAUCAUGAAGGUACCAACAUGUGAAGAAGAGUUCUUGGCAUUCACAGAUCUUUACAGGGUGUCUCCUUAUUACCAGUUUGCUCAUUUUACGGCAAACCAGGCCAUCCUUGAGGUCUAUGAGAAGGAAGAAGUGAAUAACAACAGUGCAUUGCAUGUUAUUGAUUUUGAUGUCUCCUAUGGCUUUCAAUGGCCUUCUCUAAUACAGUCUCUCUCCGAAAAGGCCAGCAGUGGCAACCGAAUUUCACUCCAAAUAACCGGUUUCGGAAGAAGUAUAGAAGAAUUGCAAGAAACUGAGAGUAGAUUAGUUAGCUUUGCGAAAGGGUUUCGGAAUCUGGUCUUUGAGUUUCAAGGGUUGUUAAGAGGGUCCAACCUCAUCAACCUAAGGAAAAAGAAAAAUGAAACAGUUGCUGUGAAUUUAGUCUUUCAUUUGAAUACUCUGAAUGAUUCUUUGAAGAUAUCUGACACAUUGAAAUCAGUACAUUCAAUUAACCCCUCCAUUGUCGUCUUGGUGGAGCAAGAAGGUAGCAGAAGUCCAAGAAGCUUUCUAUCAAGAUUCAUGGAGUCUUUACACUAUUUUGCAGCCAUGUUUGAUUCUUUAGAUGAUUGUCUUCCUCUAGAAAGCCCAGAGAGAUUAAGCAUUGAGAAGAAUCAUCUUGGUAAGGAGAUCAAAAGCAUGUUCAACUAUGACAAAGAUGAUGCAAACUGUCCAAGAUAUGACAAGAUGGAAACUUGGAAAGGAAGGAUGGAGGGUCAUGGGUUUGCAGGUAUUAAACUUAGCUCCAAGUCUUUGAUACAAGCCAAGCUUCUUUUGAAAAUCAGAACCCAUUAUCGUCCAAUUCAAUUUGAUGGAGAAAGUGGUGGUGGGUUUAAAGUUUUUGAAAGAGAUGAUGGGAAAGCUAUUUCUUUAGGAUGGCAAGAUAGAUGUUUAAUUGCUGCUUCUGCAUGGCAUUGUGUAUGA